AAUUAAAUUUCAUUUGAUCAAAAGUUGAACAAAACUGCUUCAAGAUGGGCUGCAUGUCGGGAAUACUGAAUAUUUUACUCUACAUAAUAAAUAUUGUGUUUUUGGUGGUCGGCAUAUUGCUAAUUGUGCUGGGCUCCAUAAUGCUAUCGAACUUCAGUCAAUUGACCGACGUCGAGCCGCUAUCUAAUACGAACACCAUCCCAAUCUGUGUGACUGUUUUGGGUGCGCUGAUCUUCAUCAUCUCUUUCUUUGGCUGCUGUGGAGUCUGGCGUCAGAGCUCUUGUCUAACUGCAACGUAUGCUUCCAUGAUGUUCAUUCUAUUUGUGCUGCAAUUGGUGCUCACCUGCUGGAUAGCUGUGAAUGGCCAAGAUUUCCUUAACGAUAUGAGCAAUCUGGUGAAUACGCUUUGGAAGGAGAAUACAGCCGUGAAUAAAUAUCCAAUGAGUGCAUUGGAGCUCACAUUCAACUGCUGUGGCAACACUAGCUACAAUAACUACCUCUACAGCAAUCAACCUGUGCCCGGCAGCUGCUGCGGCUAUCCGAAUCGCCAGCAGAGUUGCUCCCCUAGCAUUUAUGAGACCCGCAAGGGAUGCAACCAGAAAUUCACCGAAUUCUGGAGCGAUAAUAACGAUCUGGUGUUGUGGUCUGGCCUUGGCAUUUGCAUAUACGAGCUGAUUGUUUUCAUUCUUGCUGGCAUGCUGGCCAAAUGCAUGCGCAAUAAGAAUGCCGUUAGAUAAGAUGUACCCAUUAUAAAUAAUCUGUUGAAGCUACUG